GAGCUCCGCCUGCAUUUAGAUUCAAGUGUUUGAAUUUCUGGCGGCAUGCAGACAACAUGGCAAAGCGAGCAAUCACAGUCGUUUUUUCUUUGCUGGCGGUCAUUUCAGAAGGUUUAACAUCAGUGAUACAAACACAGCAGACUGUGGUGGCAGCAGUGGGAGAAGAUGCCUCCUUAAACUGUCAGCUCUUGGAGACUAAAGACGUCCUUCAGGUCACAUGGCAGAAAAUCCUAUCAGAGAAAGAGAAAAACCUGGCGACCAACAACAAGUACUUUGGCCAGAGAGUUAAUAAAGAAUUUACAGGCAAAGUGGAGUUUAGAAAUUGUGCACUGCAUAACUGCUCCAUAGUUAUCAAGAAGGUGGCAGAGACAGAUGAAAGCUGCUAUCGCUGUUUGUUUAACACUUAUCCUGAAGGCGCUCUGACAGGAAGAACCUGCCUGCAGGUGUACGAGCUGCAUGAACCUGUUCUUGAUGUCAGAGAGUCAAACUCUCCUGCAGAGUGGGUUGUUUCCUGUUCAGCCACUGGUCGACCUGCUCCCACUGUAACACUCAGUGUCUCACAACAACACCUCAACUUCUCCCAGUACAACACUGUCAGUGUGUCCAACACCAACACUACAUUCACUGUCACCACUACAGCUGUGCUCUCAGGUUCACGGAGAAACAGCACACAGGUGGGGUGUGCAGCACGAGUGCUCUCUGCUCCUCAGAUAGAGGUCAUUCAGGUCAUUCCUGAGGUCAAACAGGCAGAUGCUGCUCCUGAUAAUGAGGAUGAGGAUGGGUUUUUUGAGAAGAUAACAUCCAAUAACAGUGAAUUCAAUCCCACCUGGAUCAUUGCAUUAGCUGUGGUUGCCGUGGUUGCGGUGUUGCUGGUGUUGCUGGUGGUUACUCGUGAUCGAAUCUUUCCUGUCAUCUCUGCUCAGAUGAAACAACAAAACAAGACUGGAGACCUCGAGAAGAACAGAACACCACACAAAUUAAAUCAGAGCAUUCAUGAGGUCAAAACGCCUUUAAUGAAUCACGAAAAUGAGCAGAUCAGGCAGCGGACGUCUACAAAGAAAACUCCAAAAACCAUCCACUCAAAACUUUCACCUUCAGCAGCAAAGCGACUGUUUGAGGACGAAGAACCAAAAUAAAACUAAAAGUCAGACUGGAAACCAAAGAAAACUCAGUGCUGUCAAACCUAAAGAUUCCUGCAUCUUGAGGUUUUUCUGUCACUACUUUUUUGAAUUUAUCAUCAUUCCUUUUUAUUAUAUUGUUAAAAUGUAAAUGAAUUUAAUGUUUUGCUGUUUUGUAAGACGGAGAGUAAUGCAGUAAAAUAAGCUGUGAAGUGUGCGAUGUUCUUCUGUGUGGAAGUAAAUGAUCCCAUCAGUGCAGCUUCACUGAGAUUCAGUCGUUCAUUAAAAGAUGGAAAUGAAAAGUUUUUCCUUUCUUUGUAUUUUUGCUCUUUGUCUAAAACGGUGUUGUAGCAGCGCCCAUCACAGCUCCAUAGUGUCUCUGUUUAGAUGCAGUUUAUUCCCAAAUGUGACUCAGUGUGAGCUGCAGAUUUUCACCUGCUAUUGCAUAAAAUGACCGCAUGAUGACGCUGUUGGUUAUAAAUAAUGAGGAGAUUUAAUGAUUUUCACAGCAUCAUGUUUCGAUAAAUAUUAAUAUUUGAACGUAUAUGAAAUCAUAUCAGUGUCUGCUCAUCAUAAUGUUUUAAUGAUAU